CUCCUGUAACUUCUUUUUGUUUUUACGCCAUCGUAACUACCGGCACAAGCGUUAUGACUUGUUCUGCACUGAAGGUCGAUGACACCACCUCUGUUUCUCAGCUGAUCUCACUGUUGACUGACACAUCUCACUAUGAUGUCAUGGUGAGACCCACCACCCAGUACGGAGGUCCAUUACUCAUCAGUUCCAGGGUUCAUGUAUACUACCUGCAAAUGUCUCACUCCACUAAGCUGCAAUUCAAACUUCAAAUGUUGGUUCAAUUUCGGUGGCAUGAUGAUCGCCUUAUGUACAAGAAUAUUAGCAGUUUGGCAGAGAUUGUCGGACAAGAUUUGCUGUUGGAGAAGAUCUGGUUCCCACACGUGUUCGUGUCUACGGAACAGCAGAGUCGAGUCAUGGACCAGACUGUAUCAAUACUGCCAUCUGGCGACGUACUCUACUCCAGGCGUCUUCAAACUUUACUUACUUGUCAAGUGGAAGAAGGGAAAUUUCCUUUUGAUCAACAAACUUGUCAUUUAGUCAUGGAUAACUGGAGAUACAACCUGAGCGUUGUUAUACUUGAGUGGGAUAGCUCAGUGCCUGUCGUGGUGCUUCCCUCAGUAGCCACAGGACUAUCCGAGUUCAACUUAAAUGGUCUCAAGGCCUUCACUUCUACAAACCAAACCACCAGUGACACAUUCAUCACCUCCGUAGAUAAUUGUGACAAGUGGAAUAAUGACAAACCCAAAGGAGAUUUUGAAGAUGUACAUACUUGUGGCAUACGCAAGAGCUCUCUCAUUGUUACCUUUUAUUUCGAUAGGAAAUUUGGCUUUUACUUCUGGGAUUACUAUGGACCAAGUGUUUUGCUGGUGAUAACAUCUUGGGGAACCUUCUGGGUUCAUCCUGAAGUUGUGCCAUGCCGUAUUUGGUUAGCAACAUGCACAAUGCUUGGACUUUUUGGACUUGGUGCUAUGAAUGAUGCAAUGCCAAAACUUUCUCACUUGAAGAUGAAUGACAUCUGGUUUAUUGGAUGCAAUCUAUUCAUAUUUUUAUCACUGGCAGAAUUUGCAUUCGUUAAUAUAGUGCAUAGACAGGAGACAUCCCACGUUCCACUCAAGAGAGCGUCCAGCAAAUACAUACUCAAGUCGUCGCUGAGGUCGGAGAGAGUGGCCUGGAAGCGCAAAGCCUUGUCUUGUCCAUCAUCACCCGAGCUGAGGCAGCGAUCUAGAGCGGCAAUGAGAGAUCGCAGAAUGCAACAGAAAAAUGUUGCCUUCGACCUUGCUGUUGGCGACUACACGAGUGAUAAGAAAGUAAAGCGUAGGCUAAUGCAGAGACGUCAGGCCUUUGCUGGUAUUCACAUGACAAAUCAUGAAAUGGCACACUGGAUUGAUAGGCGAAGUCGAAUCAUCUUCCCAACAGCUUUUCUGGUUUUCAAUUUGCUAUUUUGGUUUAUCAUGUACGUUUUGCUUGGAGCGACAGGUGCGACGGUCGCGCAGCGGCUGUCGCCGAGCGGCAGUCGCGGGGUGGUAAACUGUUUUGCUUGGAGCGACAACUUCUUCAUCCUGGCAUCACGAGACGUGGUACCUACCCAGCGACUGCAGCUCGCGGCUCUAGCGACAGUAGCUCCAAGCAAAACAGGACUAUGCAAAACCCACUUUGAUCAGUGUCCCGCGACUGCCGCUCAGCGACGGUCGCUGCGCGACCGUCGCACCUGUCGCUUCAGGCAAAACGUACCUUAA